GAAGAAGAAUAAUUAAAGAAUAAUUGCUGAGCGGUUGACGCAAUGGGAAACACUAACUUUCAUUACGAGCAGCGUCGUUUGGAAAAUGAGCGCGUCAUACUAGAGGUUUUUGAUCCAGCAGCUCACGCAGCACAGUUCGUCCGUGGUAUCACUGACAAUCCAGAUACACUCGAGUAUCUAUCGCUUCCUGCUUUUAACAGCAGCGAGGACUUCGUUAAGUUUUAUGAAGAAAAUAUCAGCAGUUCGCUUGAGGAAUGCCUCUACGCCAUUUUAGACAAAGCAAGCAUUCAGGACGGUAGACGGUCUGAUGAAGUAUUUGCAGGCGUGAUAUCGUUGACCGCUACAAACAAGAGCAAGGCCUGUACUGAGCUCGGCAUUAUAGUUUUUCCAGCAUUCCAACGAACGCAUGUAACAACAAACGCCGCUGGACUCUUGCUUAUGUAUGCCCUUGACCCUCCCUCUCAGGGAGGCUUGGGACUGCGACGUGUUGAGUGGCAGGCACACACAGAAAACGCCGCGUCUCGUCGGGCAGCCUUAAGGUUAGGGUUCGAGCUCGAAGGUAUUCUAAGGUGGCAGCGCGUGGUCCUAGCAAAUCGGCGGGGGAUUGCCGUAGACGAACUUGAGCGGCGAAACGGUACCAAAGGAGAAUCUCGAGGUCGGCAUACUGCUAUAUACUCAAUUGUAUGGGAGGAAUGGGAUGAGAAGCGGAUCAAACUCCUCAGCAUGAUGGACGGGAAGUGACUGCUGACAUCGCCGUUUUGUGGACCGCUAGUCGAUUUUGCAAGGUUUGUUGCAUGCAUUUCCAGCCAUUUCACAGACUAUGUAUAGGCUAGACACUGUAUCGAAGUGCAAAAGGAGAGGACGAACUCCUAUUUGCUCUUUUCAUCUCUUUUUUUGCUUGGGUACGGGCGUGUCGAGUA